ACUGGACAGGUCAGGGCAUGAUGGCGAGCGAGAGGGGAAGAUAAGUUUCACAUUAUUUUCAUCUGGAGAGCAGAGGGAAAAACAACAUUUGGGUAUUUGGGACAUUUACACACUCCGUUUCCGGCUGUUAUUGUGUUGAAGUGUGAAGACCUUUUAAAACACGCUUUAUUGUGAAGUUCUACAUUCCAAGACACCGGAAACUGCGGUGUCGCAACUGGGUGAAAAUAACUUUCACUCUGGAAUUCUUGUGAAGUGUGUGCAAACGCACCUGUCGCUUCACGUUCGCAGGUACUGCGGGGAGUUUUGUUUUAAAAGUUUUAAGGUUUUACCUUCUCGACUCUACAUUUCGGGAAUGACAACACCUUACAUCGACCAGAAAAGUGACCGUAUAAGUUACAUGGCGGCCGCAUACCUGUGAGUUACAUGCUGUCGUGAAAAUGGUUCGUCGCUUCUUCCUGGCCUGGUGUGUCCUUACGUCCUGCGUAGUUUCUGGACAGCCUACAUAUGUCCUCCAAGGGCAGACCUUCCAACUGCGACCAGAGAUCCCUGGACAACCCGAUGAAAUUCUGUGGAAACACAAUGGCAACAAAGUGGUGGAAUUUAAUGGCAAGGAAGAGGACGUGUACGGCAAAUAUCAACGCAGAGUCAUUCUCGACUGGGUCACUGCAGAACUAGAUAUCACAGACGUCACAUCUGAAGAUAGUGGAGAAUAUGAAUUGGAAGCGUACAGGGAAAAGCACCUGUAUCAUUUUCGCUCUGAAUUACAGGUCAUAGACAGGGUUGCCAAGCCUACCAUUUCCUGUAACAUGAGUAAUGGCAGCUCUAAUACACAUGGGACCCAGGCAACGCUGACAUGCUCCGCAGAACCCACACACCCUCGGUCCGUACUGAAGUAUGAGUGGCAAUCACGUGGAAAUGUGCUGCCGGGCCCAAAGUUAACAAUAAAUUUGGAGGAUGAAGAUGCUGAUCAAAUACAUACUUGCGUGGUGAGCAACCCUCUGACAAAUGAAAAGGCUACAUUCACAUCAAAGAGCUGCUACUCUGGUAAGUUUUCACUCAAGUGUUUGUCAUUUCACGAUGAUUCAUUUCAGAAAUUGAUUUGUUUAUAGAAUUUAGUCACCAAAUGUUUUGAGUUUCAUUAAAAACACAACACUGAAUUUGAAGCAGAGUUUUUUGAUCUCUCAAGCGUUGCAGACUUAAUUUAUUUUCAAUGUUGACAGAAAAUCAAACACACACAUUAUAUGUACACAUGUCUGUAAACAAUAAUAGUGAUGAUAA